AUGGCGGAAGACAGUCUACUCGAAGGUGAAGAAGAAAACAUUUUAUACGAUUUACUCGUUAUUACGGAAUGGCCUCCGGAGACUGACACUCAGCUACGAGGCAACAAAGAACAUAACACGUCCCUUGUUGCAAAAGCACUGACAGGCCCAUUUCGACUCAUCUUGCAAUAUCUGUGGUACAGCCCCUCUAGCUCUUCUCUGCCACCUGGUCUUCUACAUUUGGUCAACAAGCAGAUUGGAUGGCAGUUGGUGCUGGCCAGUAAUGGCAAACUCCUGGCGGUGGUUCAGGACCAGUGCGUGGAGAUCAGGUCUGUGAGGGAUGACUUUGGCUCCGUCAUUGGGAAGUGCCAGGUGCCGAAAGACCCCAACCCCCAAUGGCGGCGAGUGGCAUGGAGUCACGACUGCGCCCUGCUGGCGUUUGCUGACAGCACGGGCACGGUGCGCCUCUUCGACCUGGUGGGCAGCGAGCUCUUUGUCAUACCGCCGGCGCUGAGUUUCCCCGGUGAUUUCAGCUGCGCCGUGGCGGGUCUCAUCUUCCUGGAGUACACGGGAAGCGCCCAGUGGUCGGCCGAGCUGCUCGUCAUCACGUACGGGGGCGGGCUCAAGAGCUACUUGGUCAGCGUGGGCACCACUCAGAACUUCCAGGAGAACCACACCUUCAGCUUCUCCGGCCACUACCCCCACGGCAUCACCUCGGGCGUUUACCACCCGGGCCACCGGCUGCUGCUGGUGGCUGGCUGCCACUCGGGAGACGACGGCUCGUCCAAAGCCAGCUCCUGCGGCCUGACCGCGUGGAGGGCGCUGUCCGCCUCGCCCCACUACAAGCAGGUCACCAGCUACCAAGACGACGUCAGCACGAGCCAGAAGCGAGGUUUCCUGAGGAUGCCCAGCUUGAGGCUGUUUAGCAGACAAGGAGAUGAAAAGGACGGCGUCUUCCGCAUGAGCCUGAGCCCCGACGGGACGCUGCUGGCCGUCAUCCACUUCUCGGGUCGCCUGUCGCUCUGGGACGUGCCCUCGCUUAAGGAGAGGGCGGCGUGGGAGCAGGAACAACAGCCAGGAUUUGAGGAGAUCAAUCCGGAGUGGAAAACCUCAUUGGAGAGGAGGAAGAAAAUAAAAGACAAGGAGCAGUACCGUCCGCUGGUGGACGUCAACUGGUGGAGCGCCAACGUGCUGAUUCUGGCUCGCUGCUCGGGCGCCGUCACCGUCUCGUCCGUCCGGAACCUGCGCAACCUGCUGGGCAAAUCCUGCGAGUGGUUCGAGACCUCGCCGAGAGUCACCGCCGCGCACGACGGGGGAUUCCUAAGCCUUGAGUGCGAGGUGAAGCUAGCCCAGAAGCGCGGGCGGCCGGAGAGCAACCUCGGCGAGGACGACGAGGGCGGCGACGAUGGCGGCGGGGAUUCCGACUCGGACGACGAGACCUCCGCCAAGGCCCGCUACUUCGGUUACCUCAAGCAAGGCUUGUACUACGUGACGGAAAUGGAACGCUUUGCCCCGCCGCGCAAGCGCUCUCGCACCAUCCUCAAGAACUACCGGCUGGUUAGUCUCCGGUCCACCACACCUGAGGAACUCUACCAGAGAAAGAUUGACAACGAAGAAUACGGCGAGGCCUUGUCUCUGGCACAAGCGUACAACCUGGACUCGGACUUGGUCUACCAGAGACAAUGGCGGAAGAGUACAGUUAGCAUCGCUUCCAUACAAGAUUAUCUCAGCAAGAUCCGCAAGCGCUCCUGGGUACUCCACGAGUGCGUCGAACGCGUCCCGGAGAACGUGGACGCGGCUAAGGAGCUGCUACAGUACGGCCUGAAGGGCACCGACCUGGAGGCGCUGAUCGCCAUCGGCAACAGGGAGGACGGGGGCAGAUUCAUCAUGCCCGGCGACCUGGACCUGGACGACCUUCCUUACGAAGACCUGUCGGACGAGGAGGAGCUGACGGAGAGGGAGGGCAGGAGGAAGCGAGAGCUGCUGGACAAGGUCGACUUCAGCAGGUUGACACUGGAGCAGAAGGAGUUGUGUCGAAGCCGCCUGAAGCUGCUGUCGUACCUGGACAGGCUGGCCACGUACGAGGAGAUACUGGGCGGCCCCCAUGCCGCCGAGCAGAAAUACGACGCAGAGUUCUUCAAGAAAUUCCGCAGUCAGAAUAUCGUUCUGUCGGCGCGAAGUUAUGCCAGGGAGAGCAACGUGCAGGCUCUGGACAUCCUCUUCACGUAUCACGGCGCAGAACUGCUUCAACAUCGGUUGGCCAUCCUGUCCAACUUCCCGGAAACGACAUCGCCGCACGAGUACACGGCCUUGCUGCCCGAGGCUUGCGUGGACGAGCGAGGCGAGCGCUCGCUGAUCGCCUGGGACGAGCGCAGACACCGACAAACCGACUGGUGCGAGACAGAUGAGUGCAGGGCCGUGUUGGAGCAGAACCCGUUUGAUGACGACACGUCGCUGUAUGAGGACGCGCCGGAUCUGCUGCGCUUCCGCUGGGUGACGCCCUCCGUCACGCUCCUGUCCGACUGGUAUUGCAGUCGCGCGCGGCAGAUCGAAUCGUGCUCCCGACAGGUGGACUGUGCCUUGUCCCUGGUACGUCUCGGGACGGAGCGCGACAUCCCCGGUUUGGAGGCGCUGUGUGACGACCUGGUCACCAUGGAGACGCUGGUCUACGAGACGCGACGACACCCGGGCCUGACGCUCCGAGAGCUGCAGCAGAUGGACCACAUCGACAAGCUCCGCCUACUCAUGAACGACUCCAGCAAGGAUCGCUACGUAAAAGACGCCUUCCAGUGGAUGCUUCCGUUCCUGCACCGCUGUGAGCGACAGGAGGCGGGCGCCGCCGCGCGUCUUCUCCGAGACUUCCUGGUGGGCUUGGCCAGCCGCGACCUUUCCUUCCCGCUCAUCAUCUUCCAGCACUCCAAACCCGACUGCUCGCAGAAGGUGAUCGGCGACCCCGACCAGCUGAUGCGCGUUGCCUUGGAGUGCAUCUACUGCAGCGAGAGGGAUGACCAGCUCAGCCUCUGCUACGACAUCCUUGAGUGUCUUCCUCAGCGAGGUUUUGGGCCUGAAACGGACGCCACCUCAUCUCUGCAUGAUCAAGUGGACCAACUUGAGAAGCACCUCAGCGUGGCGGAAGUUCUGGAGAAGCACGGCCUGCAGAAGCCCAUUUCGUACGUGAGGAAGAGUCAGAAGAGCCCGGAGGAGGCCCACCAGCUCAUGGUCAAGUUGUGUCGGCACACCGGACGCAAGAAGCCACCAGUAGGUGAAUCUGUGUGGAGGGGUCUUCUGCAGGAUCUGCUAGACAUGCAGCACAACGUCUACACGUGUCUCCAACCGCACACGUGCCAUCAGAUCUUUGUGGAGUCGCUGCUGUGCUCCAGCCGGGUGGAGAACGUAUGUCUGGCGGGUCAGCUGAUGCGGCGCUCCGAGGCAGGCCAGGACGUCCCCGUCGGGCUGUCCUUCCUGGGAAAAGGACCCGCUGUCAAAGUGGCCUACGACAAGAGCGUGGAAUUGGUGCUGGCCGCCGCCAGGGAGUAUUUCAACUCCUCCACCGCGCUGACUGACCCCUGCAUGGGGUUGGCCAGGGCUUGCCUGCAGCUCAUCAGCGACCGUCCUCCCGCUGUCCAAGAGGAGCUGGACCUCAUCGACGCUCUGGGCCUGCUGGAGGACUUUGGCGUCAACAUCCUGCCGCUGCAAGUCCGUCUGCGUUCGGAGCGUCUGUCUCUGGUGGAGGAGGGCGUGGCCAGUUGCUCCAGUGCCUACAAGCAGUCCACCACUAUGCUCAGUCUGGCGUCUCUUCUACGAGUGGCAGGGGAUGACGAGGCCACCCGCAAAGGCCAAGUGCUGACCCUGCUGGCUGAACAAGCCCUCCAGUGUCUGGACUUCAAGGCUUCUUAUAUCCACUGUCAAGACCUGAUGGCCGCAGGUUACAGUCCGGCGUGGGACGUUUGCAGCCUGCUAGGCCAGUGCGAAGGAUUCGACGAUUGGGAAGGUCGCCGUCAGCUACUGGCAUUUUCGCUAGCUCACUGCCCGCCCGACCGCAUCCAAUCUCUCCUGGCGGCUUCCAGCGACUUGCAGACCCACGUCCUGUACCGGGCGGUCAACUACCAAAUGGAUGUUGGGGAGAGGGCGGACGAGAGUGACUUGUCCCAGGUGACAACCUCCAACGAGGCGAUGACGGGGGACCUUCUCCACAGGACCACGGCCAAAACAAUGGAAGUUCUGGCUACCACGAGUAUGACCACCAAGGCCGUUCUGAGCGCGGUCGGCGAUCACCGUUGGUGGAAGCAGUCACUCGACUACCUGCGCCCGUCGCAGGAUGGGGACGAUAAGGGACAGGAAUGCUUGAGCGAAAAUUCCAAGCUGGAACGUCAAGGAUGUUGCGCUUUCUACCAAGAUCUCAUUGACCUUCCGUACGUCGACCCGGGUCAAGAUGUGUAUACGUCCUUCAAGGACGUCCCCCCCGAGACCUUCGCAGAGGUCUUGCUGAGGACCGGCAAACUGGCCGAAGCCAAAACAGAAGGGAGCGCCGUCUUUCCCGCUACGGAAGUGUUGCUUCAGCUGGCCAACGACGCCUUUCCCCGGGACGCCACGCUGGCGCUGUCCUACUUACUGGCGCUGCCUCAGGUCCUGGAUGCUAACCGUUGUUUUGAGCAGCAGUGCCACUCGGCCUUGUCGCUCCAGCUGGCCGCUUACUACUACUCCCUGCAGAUCUACGGCCGCCUGCUGCCUUGCUUUAAAGAUGAGGAGCACACGCUCUACCAGGCCGACCCGAAGGAGCUGAUCCGACUGGUCAGCGGGCACGUGUCGGCGUACUCGGGCUGGCCCGAAGAGGUGCAGAAACUGAUCGCGCAGCUACACGCCUACAACCGGCGGCUGAGCGACCUGACGCAGGCGCAGAUCCUGAGAGGCUUGGGUCGUGGCGUGGACGUGCAGCGCUUCAGCUCUGACCCGCAGUACAAGAAGGAGACCAUCCUCGGCCUGGCUGAGACCCUGGACGACACCGUGUACGGCAUCGCACUGUCGUUGGCUAAGCGCUACUGUGUUCCUCAGUGGGAGGUCCAUAUGACUCAUCUGGAGUUCCUCUUCACAGACAGCGGUUUGUCCAGCAAGGACAUGGAAUCCCGCAGCGAGUCGCUGGGCCUGUUCGCCUCUCUGAAGAGCGUUCCGCAGGCCUUUUACGGCCACAUGAGCAAGUACGUUUUGCCAGGCGUGGAGGGCGGCGACCUGGACCGCCUGCUGUACUACUACACCUUGCUGGACUGCGCCGGCUGCCGACCGUACGUGCCCGCCGGCGCCAUCCCGCCGGAGAACCACGUGAAACUGUUGAAGAAGCUCCGCGCAGUGGCACACGGCUUAAACUACCGCCAACUGACGGACAACUCCCAGGAGCCCCUCGUCGCUCUGGAGCCUAUUCUGAGCAGCCAGAACGUGCUGUCCAUCUCCAAAUUGGCCAAUUUGCUGCCCAGGCCCGGCGGCAACAGCGCCACGCUAUCCGCCGGCGCCGUGCACGCCGCCUGGUUGAAGAAGUUGUUCUGGAAGGGCGACGCCCAGCUGCUGAAGAGACCCCCGCGUAACGACCAGGAUUACCUGCACGCUUACGACACCUGCGCCAAAUACCUGGACAGGCUGCAACCCGCGGACGCCAUUCACUUCCUGGACAACGUUACCUUUUCCGCCGAGGCUGUCGCGCAACUGAGCAUCGAAGCGCGCUCCGAGUUGCUGCGUCGGGCCAGCAGAGCGCUGCGGCAGCUGGCCGAGAAGAGCAAGAAGCGAGGAGGGGGAGGGGCGGAAGCCGGCGACGUGACUUGGGACGAGGCCUUGGCCCACCUGCAGCAAUCGCAGGCUCACUUGGAAACGCUGAGCCAUGCCUUCAUUGCGUCGCUGCGAGAAAGCGAGCAGGAGCAGUUGCGAGGCUACGCUCGACUAUACGAUCUUUCCCGUUCCGAAAAGUCCUCCAUUCGCCGGUUAGCGGUCGCCAUGGCGACCGACGGUCAGCCUCUCCAGAACAUCCGCCAGCUCCUGAGCGUCGCCGCCGGACCCCACGACCUCUGCGUCAAAAGCGUGCUGCGGGAGGCCGUGGACUUGGCGCUCGCCGAGCUCAGCGGCGACCCCGACGUCCCUACCGAGCACUGUUCGGCCCUCGGCGUGCUCGAGGCCAUCGCCGCAGCAGUCCAGGACGCCGUCCAGGCAGGGGACAGAAUGGCGAGCCCCGACGACCUGAUGGAGUGGCUGCGACCGUUCUGCGGCGACUCGUCGCUGCCGGUACGUUCUCGCGUGGCCGUGCUGCAGAUCCUCGAGAGCAACUUUAGCGUGCGCGACGCCGACGUUCGACUCCUGCUGCUCUACAGGACGCAAGCCGUCCUCAAACACACGGAGGUGCAAAUGGAGGACGUGGAGGACGAGGAGAAGCGCUACCGCCUCUUCCUGGAUCUCUUGGAGGCGGCGCGGCAGUGGGACGACUUCCAAACCCUGGUGUUGCUCCUGCAAGCGUGGCCGCCCAUGACGCAACAAGAGGCGGCGGCGGAGCAGAACCCUUGGGUUCUGCUGACUUCGGCUAUGCUGACCCGCUGUCGGAGGCCUGACGUGGAGGUGGACCUGGGUCAGCAGGUGCUGAGCAUGGUGCGGAGUCUGUACGGCACCAAGCACAAGCUCCCGCCGCAGUGCGUCCGGAGCGUGGCCGAGCUGCUGUGCCCCGACUUCCAGCAGCCCGCGCUUAAACUGAUGGCGGAGAGCGGCGACGCCGAGCUUCUACAUCUGACGCUGGACCAAGUCAAUGCCAUGACCGCGGAGACGGCGCGGUCGUGCGACGACGAACUGCUCUCACUGCUGCUGGACGCCGGCCUCCUGGUGGGCUGCGCUUCGUCGGCCGCCUACCCGCCGCUGCGCGCCCACCUGCUGGCCCGCCAGGACGCCGACAUGGAGGCGGCGGCCGCUGGGCUGCUGGCGGCCGGCCACGGAGCGGAGGCCGGCACCCUGCUGCUGGCCCGCCGUGGCACCCACUCGGCUGGCUUCACCUUCAACUCCGCCCUCGCUGUCCUCAAAAAGUGGCUGUGA